AUGACCACAACUGGGUUUUUACCCAAGUCAUCUGAGCUGAGGCUUCGGGACCGGAAUAAGAACUUUGAUGAGAACUUUGUGAACAAAGAGUUAGCUGAAGAAUCUGAAAUUCUACCAGAGGGCGAGAAAGAAAAGGGCCAAUACCGUGAAAAAGAUAUCAGCUCAAUCAUAGAGUACUUAGGGGCUGGAAUCAUUACAAUUUUGGCCUUUUAUGUGAGAUUUAGAAGAAUCGAUGCCAGCAACAUAGUGGUGUGGGAUGAAGCGCAUUUUGGGAAGUUUGGAGCGUAUUACAUCAAAAAUGAAUUCUACCACGACGUUCAUCCACCGCUAGGUAAAAUGCUCAUUGCACUCAGUGAGUAUUUAACCGGGUUUGACGGAAGCUUUGAAUUCGACUCCGGAGCACCAUUUCCAGAGGGCGUUAACUUCAAAUUCAUGCGCCAAUUCAAUGCGUCAUUUGGCGCCCUUUGUGCUCCUCUCAUGGUACUGUCAGCACGGAACAUCGGCUUUAGUUUUUUGGGCUCGAUGCUACUUGGACUUAUGGUGGCUCUGGAAUUGUCCUACAUAGCCUUAUCCAAAUUCAUUCUUUUGGAUUCCAUUCUAUUGUUCUUCACUGCCACAACGUUUUAUUGCAUCACUAAGAUCCACACGCUGCGCAAAAAACAGUUCACGAAAAAAUGGUCUUUGUGGAUGCUCCUGCUGGGGAUAUCCAUCGGAUGUGUCUGCUCUGUAAAAUGGGUAGGUUUGUUCAUCACUUUGGUGGCCGGCAUCUACACCGCUACGGACCUUUUCGUUAGCUACCACGAUCCACGAAUGAGUAAAAUCCAAUACUAUAAGCACUGGGUGAUUCGUGUGAUCAAUUUGAUAAUCAUCCCAUUCAUGAUUUACCUCUUUUGUUUUAAGAUCCACUUCACCAUUCUGCAUAAGUCAGGAACAGGCGAUGCUUCUACGAACACGCUAUUUCAAGUGAAUCUUGAGGGAAAUAAGAUCGAAAUGGGACCCAGAGAUGUCGCUUUUGGGUCAACAGUAAGCAUCAGAUCGCAUGGUCUCAGUCCCAAUCUACUACAUUCACAUGUCCAGCUCUAUCCUUUUGGUUCAGGUCAGCAUCAAAUAACCGGCUAUGGUCACUCUGAUAAUAACAACCAUUGGGUGAUCAAUUUCUCUAGAGGAUCUGGAGAAGAUGUUGAUGCGAACGGCUUACUUCGCGGCGACUCUAUCACCUUGCACCAUGACUCAGAGAUUCGUCUUGUUCAUAAAAACACCAAAGCCAACCUACAUUCGCAUGACAUUCCAGCUCAUGUCUCUAAAAACUGUUACGAGGUUUCAGGGUAUGGAGACGAGAUGGUCGGCGACACGAAGGACGACUGGAUUGUUGAGAUCGUUGAGCAGCUCCACUCUUCCAAUUCUUCAUUUCCAAAAGAAGAUUCUACCGUGGUUCAUCCCAUCUCUACCAGUUUCCGGCUAAGACAUAAGGAACUCGGAUGCUACCUUGCAUCGACGGGGCUGGCUUAUCCGGCCUGGGGGUUCAAGCAGGCCGAAAUUGUGUGCAAGCACUCCUGGACUAGUCGCGAUAAAUCAACGUGGUGGAACAUCGAAGACCAUUGGAAUGAAAAUAGAGAAAAGGCAGAGGGUUACGUUCCUCCAAAAUCUAAAUUCUGGGCUGAUUUUGUCUUGAUAAACUUUGCAAUGGCUUCUUCUAACAACGCCUUAGUUCCAGACCAGGACAAGUAUGAUUCUUUGGCAACUAAAGCAUGGGAAUGGCCUACACUUCAUACCGGUCUCAGAAUGUGCGGAUGGAGCCUCCAAAAUGUGAGAUACUAUCUGCUGGGCUCGCCAUUUCAAACCUGGCUCUCAACCGCCGCCUUAGCGCUAGCCGUGCUGUACUUUGCACAACUAACGCUUAGAUGGAAAAGACAAUCUUUGAGAGUUACAAGUGAUGAUCUUUGCAAAUUGGGAAUACAAGGUGUUUUGCCAUUCUUGGCAUGGCUAUUACACUACCUACCUUUUGUUUUCAUGGGGAGAGUCACUUACGUCCAUCACUACGUUCCUGCGUUGUAUUUUGCCAUAAUCGUUUUUGGAUUUCUGCUGGAGAGAUGCAUUCCUAACAGAUAUCAUGUCAGAGACUUCUUGUACGUGUUUUUGUUCGGCGGAUGUAUCUACAUCUACAUUCUACUUUCACCACUCGCGCAAGGAAUGGACGGUCCUGCAAAAAACUAUAAGAAUUUAAAUUGGUUAAGUUCCUGGACAGUUACAUUCUGA